UGCUGCUUGUAAAACCUAUUACAAUAAAAGUAAACUAAAAAUAUAAUUAAUUAUAAAAUAUAUAUUAAUUAAAAUUUAGUCGAAAUUGUAAAGCAAAUUUUUACUACGAUUAAGGAAUGAACCGGCUGAUUUAGCGCAAGAAAUCAUUUAAAGUUAGGUACUGUUUUAAUCAAACGAAGUGAAAUAUAUAGCUUAUUAAUUGCACCCACAAUUAGUGAUAAGAUAUUGAAGAACAAUGUUGGCACUUAUCAGGGGGACGGGUUCCGUUGCUCCAGUUAUGAAGCGUGCAGCUUUAUUUUAUACGGACACUAGAAAAAUCGGAAAAAUUGUUAAUAAUAAUCAAAUUGUCUACGGUGUCCCAAACAAGAUAUUAUAUCGUAACAAAGUGAUGGCCGCACCUCAUAUUAUACAGCAGCAAGAGCACAAAUUCAGUGAAGGCAAAGAAUACAAUGGGUUUAAAUGUAUUAGAGUGGAAUCUGUACCAGACUUUGGUAUAAUGUCCUAUACAUUUCAUCAUGUUAGAUGUGGUACAGAACUGUGGUACUUGGAUCGCAAGGAUUCAAACAAUGUAUUUUCUAUAAAUUUUCGAACAACACCAUUCGAUUCAACUGGUUUACCACAUAUCCUUGAACAUAGUGUAUUAUGUGGUUCGAAAAAAUACCCUGUGCGGGAUCCAUUUUUUAAAAUGCUGAAUCGAUCAGUCGCUACUUUCAUGAACGCUAUGACGGGUCCGGACUAUACAAUGUAUCCUUUCUCCACCAUGAAUGAAAUAGACUUUAGAAAUUUGCAGAGAAUUUAUUUGGAUGCAGUAUUCAGACCGAAUUUGGCGUAUUUGGACUUCCUGCAGGAAGGUUGGCGAUUAGAGCAUUCGAAUGUGCAUGACAAGUCUUCUGAAUAUAUAUUAAAAGGAGUAGUUUAUAAUGAGAUGAAAGGUGCUUUCUCAGAGAAUAGUUCAGUAUUCUCCCAAAAUCUACUUAAUAAUCUAGUACCAGACCAUACAUACGGCUUUGUAUCGGGAGGUAAUCCACUGGAAAUACCAAAAUUAUCACACAAAAAUUUGGUAGAUUUCCAUUCGAAAUAUUAUCAUCCAAGCAACGCUCGUAUUUACACUUACGGCAAUUUCAAUUUACUUAAAACCCUUGAAUAUGUAAGUAGUGAAUAUUUAAGUGAUUGUAAUGGUAUAGAUAACUCGUAUAGCCGAAUACCAAGCCAAACUCGUUGGGAUAAGCCACGUAAUGUACACAUAUCCAGUCGUUUUGAUAAUAUGGGUGCACCAUUCGAGAGACAAAAUCAAAUAGCUAUAGCUUUGCUAAUGUCAGACGUAACUGACAAUCAAGAGACUUUUGUGCUGCAUGUGCUUUCAGAAUUGUUAAUACGAGGACCGAAUUCAUCGUUCUAUAAAAGUCUUAUUGAACCUAACUUCUCUGGCGGUUAUAAUCAGGCAACUGGCUACGAUCCACAAAUAAAAGACACUUUUUUCUGCGUUGGAUUACAGGAUUUACGUGUUGAAGAUUUCGGACGCGUACAGGAAAUCUUUGACAAAACCAUAAAAAAAGUAAUUGCUGAAGGAUUUGAUCGUGGCCACGUAGAAAGUGUUCUUCAUAAUAUUGAGCUACUACUGAAACACCAAAGUCCACAAUUUGGUAUGGGCUUGCUAUUUAACUCCACACCAUUGUGGAAUCAUGAUGGCGACGUUGUUUCCAGCUUACGGGUAACGAAUAUGAUAGCUAAUUUUCGCCAUAAUUUGGGUAAAGAUCCGAAAUAUUUGCAACAUAAAGUGGAACAAUACUUUGCAACCAAUACACAUCGUCUAACAUUAACUAUGUCCCCAGACGAUCAUUAUGAAGAUAAUUUUAGAACUGCUGAACUAGAUAUUUUAAAACAAAAAAUAAUGUCUCUUGAUGAUAUAAAACGUGAAGAAAUUUAUAAAAAUGGCAUUAAAUUGGAACAAGCCCAAAAGACCCCACCUAAUUUAGAUUUAUUGCCAUGCCUAAACUUGACCGACGUUCAAGAAAUGCCAAAAAUGCCAGCUACUAAUGUUGUGCGUAUUGGUAACGUACCAACUCAGAUAUGUCAUGUUCAUACCAAUGAUGUUUCAUAUUUAAAAUUGCAUUUUAACGGUAAUAACCUAAAUCAUGACGAAGUUAUGCUAUUACCCCUUUUCUGCAAUGUCAUAAACGACAUGGGGACCAGCAAUUAUGAUUUUAGAGAAUUUGAUAAGCUGGUUUUAUCAAAAACUGCUGGUAUUGAUUUUAAAUUGCAUUUCGCAGAAAAUAUUUACGAUAGCAAAUCAUACUAUUUGGGUGUUUAUAUGACGACACAUGCGUUGGACAAGAAUGCAAGCGACAUGUUUUUAUUGUGCACAGAAUUACUAACGAAAUUUAAAUUAGAGGACAUUGAUCGUUUAAGUAUGCUAAUUGAUAACUAUGUGUCCAAUAUCUCGGUGGGAAUCGCUAGCUCAGGCCAUUUAUAUGCAAUGCAGAGCUGUGCGGGCUUGGUAACAAGUGCUGCGAAAUUAAAAUCUCUUCUUUCAGGUGUAGAACACAUUGAAUUUAUGAAAAAUUAUGUAAAAGAAAACAAAAUUGAAGAUAUUAGAGAAAAGCUUUAUAUUUUGGGCCAAAAACUUUUAUUGAAAAACAAUAUGCGUUGUGCUUUGAAUACUUCUGAAGACUUCUAUUCAAACCUUAUUAAGCACUAUGAACAAUUUCUGGAUAGUAUGCCAAUUGGUUCAGAAGCAAAUAAAAACUGUGAUCACAUUAUCAAUCUGCUCGAGCCUAGUCAACAGCAUUUUGUUAUGAACAUCCCAGUCAACUAUUGUGCCAAGGCAUUCUUCACCGUGCCAUAUACUCAUCGUGAUCAUCCUACACUACGUGUGCUAGCCAAAUUAAUUUCCGCUAAAUAUUUGUUGCCAGUAGUGCGAGAACAAAAUGGAGCAUAUGGUGCGGGUGCGAAAAUCGGAUCUGAUGGCAUUUUUUGUUUUUUCAGCUACCGGGAUCCAAAUUCAACUAAAACAUUAAAAGCAUUUAAUGAUACAUACCAAUGGUUGGAGCAAAACAAUUUAGAGUUAACUGAGCAAGCUUUAUUCGAAGCGAAAUUAGGUGUACUGCAGCAAUUGGAUGCACCGAUUGCCCCGGGGAAUGUUGGUAUUGAUUUCUUUUUAUAUGGCGUUUCCCAAGAGAUGUUUGCUAAAUACCGCGCUCGCAUUCUCUCCACAUCCGUAGAUGAGCUGAAAGCUGUCGUUACGCGUUAUUUUAAAUAUGAACCUGCACAUUUCGGUAAUUGUCUGCUUGGACCUGAAAAUAAGAAUUUGGAGGAGGAGACGAACUUGAAGUGGAAAGUUAUUUCUUAAAGAAACAUUAAUAAUUAACUAUAUCAACUUUUGAAUUAAAGAACGUAUGUGUAAAUUAAUUGACGACAUAAGUAAUUGUAUUAAAUUAUAAUAAGUGUCUCUUCAUUUUUGUAACCUCCUUUUUGAUGCCACUAUAUACAUAUUUAGUCAUUUGAAUAAUAUGUUUGGUUUUAAGUUUGGUUUAGACGAUGUGUGUAUGUGAAUGAUAAUAAAAUAUAUAAAAUUUUAUUUUAA